UGAGAGGACGUGGCGGCUCCGGGGCUGAGCGCGAGAGGAGAGGAGAUGUUACCGGAUAAACUGCAGGAUCCAGAAUCAGGACGGACCCGGCACUAAUCGGAGCGUAAUCGGACGAAUCUGGGCCAUGAUGGCGGAGUUGGAGACGGAGUGUAUCUCGUUAGGAUUGAACGCUCUAGCCUCGGAGUGUGUGUCGCCGGCUCUGGAGCCGCUACGGGCCGAGUGCGUGACGCCCACGCUGGCCAUGCUCAACACGCUGAACACCGAGAUCGUGGAGCCCACGGCCAUGCUGCCCUGCAUCAAGAGCGAAUCGGACCUGGACCUGGUGCCCAUCCAGACGGUGGACGUGACCCAGAUCCAGUCCCUGAGCACGGCCGACCUGGGCUCGGAACACGUGCGCAUGGAGAUCAGCGGUCUGGAUUACAUCAAGUCCGACCUGCACUCGUUCCACGCCGAGCUGGAGGCGUACAAGUCCGGCUACCACGACGUGUUCGACGCCUACGUCUCGCACGUGUCCGACAGUCUGGACUACAUCAAGUCCGAUCAUAACUCCGACCUGCAGCGCUACUACGCCAUGGAGCUGGAGGCCAGCCGCUACGAAUACGACUCCACGCUGGCGUCCGAGGGUUCGGAAACGAUUGAGUCGAACAUCCUGGAGUCCAUACGCAUGGCCGAACUCAGAACCGAGCUGAAUAAACUCCGGCCGGACGCCAUCGAGUUUUCCUCGGCUCACAUGUACGACAUGCAUUCGGGGAACGCCAACGAGAACGCCAACACGACCAGCCCGGGCGACGGCAAGACAAAAAGCAUGCACCGCAAACCGCGCAGCGGGUCGGGCGACAAACCGUUUUCCUGCACGCAGUGCGGCAAAAACUUCAGCACUCUGGGAAACCUGAAGACACACCAGCGCAUUCACACAGGCGAGCGUCCGUACUCCUGCUCGCAGUGCGGCAAGAGCUUCGGACAGGCCGGCAACCUGAAGCGGCACCAGCUGAUCCACACCGGGCAGAAACCCUACAACUGCAGCUUCUGCCCCAAAGGCUUCACCAAGGCCGACGACCUGCGCUCGCACCAGCGCAUUCACACGGGCGAGAAGCCCUUCUCCUGCGACGAGUGCGGCAAGGCCUUCUCUCACGCCAAGGAACUCAAGGCGCACCGGCUGGCACACACGGGCGAGAGACCGUUCUCCUGCCCGCAGUGCGGCAAGGCCUUCACCAAGGAGACCAGCUUCCGCAACCACCAGCAGAGCCACACCAGUGACAAGAUGCACCACUGCAACAACUGCGGCAAGAGCUUCGGUAACCUGGGCGUGCUGAAGACCCACGAGAAGAUCCACAGCGGAGAGAAACCGUUCCAGUGCACGCAGUGCGGCAAGAGCUUCGGCCGGCUGGGACACUUAAAGGCGCACCAGCAGAUCCACACGGGCGAGAAGCCGUACCAGUGCUCCCAGUGCAGCAAGAGCUUCAGCCAGUCAGGUCACCUCAAAGCACACGAGCAGAUACACAAACGAGAGAAAGCGCAAUAACGAAGAACCACACCCUACUCUCUGUUUCCACUGACGCGGGGCCGGUUCUGCGUCUGGAACUGGUUCCCAAACUGGGAACCGUCCACAUUUCCACUGCAGUAGUGCCAGUUCUUCACCAGCAAAACAUCCAGCACUGAAAUGCUGCAGGUUUGUGUUUAAACCGCGGAGCUCGAGGGCGUCGAUAAAACGCACUUUUAUUAUCAAACAAAGUUUAGAAACAUCAGCGGCGGUGAGAUCGUCAGCUCACUCGUACAAAACAUAAACACCAAACAUCAGUGUUAAUGAAACGACAGUAACGUUUAUCCUCGACUUAAACUUCCUGCACAGCUUUAAAAUUUCAUUUAGUUUUGUACGAAUUUUAACAAAUUGUAGUUUCUGACACACCAAAACCAGCACGACACGAAUACACAAGAUAAAAACCUAAACACGCCGUCUACUGUAAACAACGCUAAAGUACGACGUAAGCAAUGGAAGAGCGUAAAUAUUCCAACAAAUGUAACUAAAUAUAGAAGCUACACAGAACAAAAACAUUUUACAUAAACGUGUGAAAGCAAUAAAUGUACGGAGGUGUGGUGCAGAAACGUCUCAGCGUCUCAGAUUAAACGGUUUGUGCUAAACUGAGGAGCGUAAACAAACUCCUGCUUCAUUUAGAUUCUGGUAGUGAGUGAUGCACGUUUCGUGCCUCCGAGGUUUCCAGAGUUUUUCUGAGUAGAGCUCGAUAAAAGAUCUUCAACCAUCAUGAAAUGAAAACGUUCUAACAGAAACACGUCGUUAGUGAGAUGAAAGCUGAGAUUCCGUUCACGACGUCUGAUUUACGUUUUGAUUCCCGGAGCUGAAAAACAUUCCAGUGAUUUUGAAAAUAAAAGUAAACGUUAAGCAGCUCGAGCGGUUCCUUACUAAAGUUCUCCGGGUUCUCAGAACCCUCACCGGUACCGAGUCAGUGGAAAAGUAGCACUCACCUCGCAAAGUAUUAUUACUCUUUAUCUUUUUCUUUCUUUUUUAAAUAAAAUAAAAUCCUUCUAUAUAAAUAUUAUACGUUUCAUACCUGUUUGUGACCAGUUUGCUUUUAUGCAAAUUAUGUGUAUUACUUUUGUUCUGUUUUGUCGGGGGGGUUUUGGGUGGGUGGGGGGUCUUGUAGAAGCGUUUCGUAUCCGUCGUAUCUGUUUAUAUCUGCGUUUUAGUGAAGUUUUCUUUUCAUACUCACCGUGUACACGUUUUAUCAAGAAAAUCAUGUAAUUCUUAAAAUCCUGUACUGGAGUUAUUAAAGAAACAAAUUUAAAAACA